AGACAGUCACACCUUGUAUUAUUCUUUCAAACUUGAAGGAUUGGUAAUAUUUUCAUCCAGUACCAAAUAUUUCGACGAGAUUCUUCUCAAUUGGCUGAUUGGUUUUUUUAAAGAGGUUGGCCCAUUGAUAAAAACUUAACAACAAUAUCUAUUAACGUCAUUUGAUAACCAAAACAGCCUGUCGUAAUCUUCUUUCACAUGGUUGGCAGUCGCCAAACAUUGGCACGUGCAAUGGAAGAAUUCUUGUGAAUCCGGGCUGGCAUUUCACGCGCUGGUUUGUUAGAUGAACAAAAUAGCAGAGUGCAGGAAGUUAAAUCAGUGACUAUCAGGACGAUAAAAAUACACACACAUUUAUAUAAAUAUAACCUUGGUGAAUAUAAAGGUUUUUGUUUAUAUCUGUGAAAAAAAAAAAAGAAGCUAAUUUUUAUCGUUUGCUUCUGAAAGAAACAGAAGAAUAUACAACAAGGACAAAGCGAAAAACAAAAGAAUUAAGAUGUAUGGUAAUAUGACGUUCAAUGAUUCAGUUGGUUCCUUGCAGGCAUCUCUCACUUUGGCUGAACUAAAUGACUUGGAAGCACAAAAAUAUCUGUUGGUUAUAAUAUUUGUAGCACUGUUAAUGUUAGUGGGCACACCUGGAAACAUCCUGGUUCUUUAUAUAUAUCGAGGUCGUUUCAAACGUGUCUCUACAUCGAACUAUUUUAUUGAAGCGCUAGCUAUCUUUGAUCUAAUUGCUUGCAUGAUUGGAAUGCCAACAGAAGUGUAUGAUUUGAGAUACCCAUAUAUGUUUUCCAGCGACAUUGGAUGCAAAAUCCUCCGCUUUUCCGGGACCUUCACCGUGAUUGGAUCUUCAAUGAUUUUGUUGGAAGUGGCUGUUGAUCGCUAUUGGAAAGUAUGCAAACCACACGACAAAAUGUCUGUUUUGAGUAUAAAGAUAAUGUGUGGAAUCGCAGCCAUAGUCGGCUUACUCAUUGCUGUGCCUUCCAUUUUCUACAGCGGUGUAAAACCCCGUAAGUUCGCCCCGAAUUUAAUCUCUCAGGACUGUACAGUUACAAACCCCAAGCUUGCUCUGAUCUUCUUUUACCUUCUCUGUGUCAUUUUCUUCCUCAUUUGUAUCAUUCUCGCAGUUCUUUAUACGCUCCUCUACCUAGAGGUCCGACAACGAAGACGAAAGAUGACCUCUCGUCAGGCUAGUACUGAGACAGAACAGAUUAGUAUCAACGAAAAGGAAAAACAACCAGAAUUCCCGAAAACAUCCUCUCUGAGAAAAUCCAUGAAAGAAUCGAAUCCGAAAAGUCCCAUGAGUCCCAAAAGUCCCAUGAGUCUAACCAGAGCUAGAUUUGCCAGCAGCUUGCGUAAAAAAGUUAGCCGAACAACUCUAAUACUGUUCAUUGUGACAUUAUUUUUCGUCAUCAGUUACCUUCCGUCGUUAUUGGUAAUGAUCAUCAAGUACUCAACGUAUAGGAGCCGUCGAGGUCGUAAGGAGAGUGUUACUAUCAAGGUGAUUGAAAAACUCUUUUCAAAGUUCUUCCUCAUCAACAAUGCAUGCAACCCGAUCAUUUACAGUUUCUUGAACCCAUAUUUCAGAAAGGAAUGCGUGCGCGUGUUUCAUAAAUUCAGUUGUGGCUUUUCUGCACGCUGUUGCCGCUGUUGUCGUGUUGAACCUGGACAUCCUGAUACUCUAUCUGCAAGUACCUAACUUUGAAAUUAUAUAUAUAUAUAUAUAU